AAGCCCACCCCUCCUCCCUCUCCUCAGGGCUGAGCCUCCCAUCCCGCCCCCUCCCCAAAGGGCAGACCCUCCCCUGGGCACCAAGGAAGGAAGGAAGGAGGAAAGGAGGAAGGAAGAGAAGCAGAAGGAGCUCCAGGCGCCGGAUCAUGGUGGAGAACACCCGCCUCGUCGCCGCCAAAGCCGCCCUGGCUGCAGCGGCCGCCUUCUCUUCCUCCUCCUCUUCCUCUUCUUCCUCCUCGGGGACCCCCAGCUGCCCCAUGACGGCGGGGGCCCUGCGCCUGGAGGCCGUGAUGGAGAACCUGCAGCGGGCACAGGCGGCCAGGCUGAAGGAGGAGGCCGAGGAGAAGCGCCGCCGGGCCCAGGCCACACGCAGCUACGCCGCCUCUGUCGCCACCCAGCCCGCCAACUCCAACAACCAUCACCCCCAGCCCCGGCAGACCCACGCCCUGCCGCCUUUGAUGCCCUUGCAGACCUGUGGCAGGGGCCCCGUGGCUGGCUCAGGCGGAGGGAUAGGCCGGGUCGGAGGGACACCUGGACCACUGAGAGCCCACCUGCAGAGCCUGCCCAGCCAAGUCUCGGGUCAGCAGUGCCGAGCCCUAGAAGAAGAAGAAGAAGAGGAGGAGGAAGAGGAAGACGAGAGGAAGGAGGAAGACGAGGAAGAGGAAGAGGAGGAGGAAGGAGAGGACGGUCCCAAGGCAGAGGCGGAAGAAGGGCAGCCCAAUCCCAACUGCAAUGCUGCCACCGAAGCCUCCGGUCCCUUGGUGGUCCGCCCCGUCCCAGAGCCACCACCAUCUCAGCCCCACGAAUGGACCUACGAGGAGCAGUUCAAGCAGCUUUAUGAACUGGACGGCGACCCCAAACGCAAGGAAUUCCUGGAUGAUCUAUUUGGUUUCAUGCAGAAGAGAGGGACGCCUGUCAACCGGAUCCCCAUCAUGGCCAAGCAGGUGCUGGACCUGUAUACGCUCUACCGGUUGGUGACCGAGAAAGGGGGCCUGGUGGAGGUCAUCAACAAGAAGAUCUGGAGGGAGAUCACCAAAGGACUCAACCUGCCCACCUCCAUCACCAGCGCCGCCUUCACCCUCCGGACGCAAUACAUGAAAUACCUCUAUCCCUACGAAUGUGACAAGCGGGCUCUCAGCUCUCCAGGCGAACUCCAGGCUGCCAUCGACAGCAACCGGAGGGAGGGCCGGCGGCAGACCUUUGGGACAGCGCUCUUCAGCUACUCCCCGGUGGGCACCCCGGGGACCCUCUUAUCACCUCCCAAAAUCCCCAUGCCCUCCCUCACCAUCUCCGCCCACAACUGCAACCAGAUCGGACAGGUCCACGCCAUCAAGAAAGAAGACAGCAUCCUUUCAGCAGCGGUGCCCAGCCGCCUGGCCAUCCCCGUCUCCCUGUCCGGGCACCACUUGGUGGCGGCGCAAGCGGCGGCCUCACAGGCGGUUGCGCUGGAGCAGCUCCGAGAGAAGCUGGAGACGGGGGAGCCGCCAGAGAAGAAGAUGGCGCUGGUGGCCGAGGAGCAGCAGCGGCUGGUGCAGCACGCCCUCCAGCAGAACCUCCUGGCCAUGGCCUCCCAGUUCCCGGUCAACAUCAAGAUCAACAACCGUGGCGAUGACAGACAGGAAGCCGCAUUGAACCUGUCCACCAACGGCAUUAGCAGCAUCAACAUGUCAAUAGAAAUAAAUGGAGUUGUCUACACAGGUGUGCUGUUUGCCCGAAGGUCUUGCCUCCCCAGCAGUGCCGCCGGCCCCCACAGCCACAUCAGCCCCAUAACGCCACAGAGCCAGCGUGGCCACACUCCAUCCAGCACCUCGCCCUGAGGCAGCAGUGGGGCCACCAGGAGCCCCCUGACCCUUGCGCCCCUUGACCUGUGGCCAGCUUCCUCAGGGCAGCACUCCUCCUGCGCACCUGAGCCAAAGCCCAAGAGAGAUGAGGGAUAUUCAAGGGGACCUUGGGUGGAGGGAGAAAAACACUGGAGUGGGUCUGGAGGCGAAGGUCUCAAUCUUAGCCUAGGUUCCAGUGGCUUCUCCUUCCUUGCGUCUUGUGGCUGAGAUUGCCCUUUGGAUCUCACUUAAGGAAGGAAAAGGUGGGGUCUCAAUCUUAGGCUGGGUUGGGCCUUGGUUCCUGCAGCUUCCCCUUCAUUUGGGCUCAACUGGGACCGUCAAGAAGACCCAAGGGCACUUCUGUUCAGUUGGGUACACAGGUGAGGUGUGUCCUUCCCUCUCCUUUGUCUCAUACACACAUUUUGGCACCAGGAUGGAUCACAGCCUCUUCAAUGCACACCCUUAUCUCCUACCUCUGUGCUGUCCUUUCUUCGGCACCUACAAUCCCCAGACUUUGUAAUUUUACUGUUGCUCCUGGAUGUCAAUGACCAAUCCUAGUUUGGGGCUUCUCUCUGUGUGUAUCCAAAGUCAAACUAUACUUUCUCCACAGAUAAUAAAAUGGGCAGAAGAAGCA